GAAGAGGAGGAAGAAGAAGAAGAGGAAGAAGAAGAAACUCCCGAACAAAAUGAAUAUGCAUUCCCUGAACUUCCUCCUGAGGUGAUUGAGAGAAUAGUUGUACGCCCCGAAGAUAUGACGGCACAAGUAAAGGAAGUCAUCGGAAAAUACAAAAAUAACAUGCUCAGAAUUCUAGAGGACUAUAUGGCAGACCAUGACCAACAGUAUCUUGUAGAGUUGGAUGCCAAUCAACACCCUAACAUAUUAUUUAAGCAACUAAUGUCCAGAUUGAGCUGCUUUGUCUUGAGGCCAGCUGCCGUCCCAACACGACUCAUGAAUGAUCCAGAAGAAGAGGAACUCCCAGAGGAAAUUGAUACUGAUGAGUUGAUGCGUACUUUGGGAGCAAAAGAGAUGGUCGCACCCAGGUUCAGAUGGAGACGUAGCAAAUGGUUGCGGAAUUGCCCUGUUGCUUUACACGAGGGAAAUAUGAUACCUGGUAAACCAGAGUUUGCGGUUAGUUUUCUAGACAAGAUGUAUGUUCUGUCCAGCGCCGAAGCCAUGGAUAAGUUCCUGAAGAACCCACGUCCCUACUUGUUACCUCCCCAGCCCAGACCCCCAUGUAAGAUCACCAUCCAGGGACCACCACUCUCGGGGAAAACCACACUUUGUCAUCUGCUGGCCCAGAAAUAUGGUGCACAGGUGUUGGAUAUCAAUACACUUAUCAAGCCUCGGAUGGAAGAAGAGCGUAAGACUCAGCUUCAAAGAGCCAAAGAGGAAUCUACAGAGAAUGCAAUCAUCACCAUUAAACAGAAGAUCAAAGAUGAGAUAGAGGCUGCCGCAAAGGAGGCUGAACAACAAGAAACAAAUUCAGAGAUUGAAGAAACUGUGGCAGAAACUGACGCUGAUCUUGAAAAAACUGAAGAUGAAGAGACAGACCAAGAAAAAGACAAAGAACCUGUUGAUGGUGAAAAUGAAGACAAAGCAGAAAAGGAUGAGGUGAUCAAAGAGCCAAGUGAACCCACCACCAAAGCUCCCACUCCACCUCCUCCAGUUGAGGUAGAUGACAAACACCCAGAGGUUAUUGCACUUGUUGAAGCUGCAAUGGUUGAAGCAGAGAAAAUGCCUGUUGUUCUCCCUCCAGAAGUAUAUAUUGAAAUUAUGGAAGAAGCAAUCAAAAAUGUGGAGAAAGAUCUCAGAAAGAAUGGUGAAGAUGGCCCAAUGAAUGGAGGAUGGAUUCUGGAUAAUUUUCCUUGCACAAGAGACCAAUGGGGCGUUGCAUUUGACAAAGGCCUCAUCCCUGAUGAUGUCAUAUACUUGAAAGACAAUAGUGAAGAGGGCAAAUUCCUGACUAAACGCUGGUAUAAGUUGAACCAGACAGAGAUUGAUGCAAAACAUCAGCUGAGAGUGCAAGAGGAGGCAAGAGUGAAGGCAAAGGCUGAGGAAGAAGCUAGAAUAAAAGCUGAGGAAGAGAGAUUGGCCAAUGAGGAGGCAAUAAGACAAGCAAAGGAGGAGGAGAGACAGAGGAGACUUGAAGAGGGUGAAGAUCUCAGUGAUGAAGAAGGAGUUGAGGAUGAAGAAGAAGAGGACAGAGUUGCUAGGAAACAUGCAAAUAAAGAUGAAGAUGAUAGGCAGGGAGAUCAAGCAAAACCUCCUCCUAUCAGAGAGGGGGAGAGACCUGAAGAUACCCAGACAGAAGAUGGCGAUGGUGCAGAAUCCACUAUAGAAGUCAUACCUGAGAAGAUCGAAGACCCACUGCCUCCAGAGGGACCAGAGUAUGACGCCUACAAGAUCAAGAGGAAGGACUAUGACACAGAAUGGGCCACAUGCUCUGCUCUAAUCACUGGCAAUACAGGGGCUGAGCCUGUUAUCAUUGAACUAGAUGCCAAAAAGGAAGAGGGUGUCAUGUUUGAUACAGCCAGGCAGCUUGAAUUGCCCUAUCAGUAUGCAGCCUGGGAGUACAGUGGAAUGGAUAUUGAUGAAGAAGAGGAAGAUUUAGAGGCAGACCUGAAUGAAGAAGAGGAGGCAGAGGAAGAAGAGGAGAGUGAAGAUCCAAACAGAAGUAAGAAGAAGCCACUUGGUGAUGUCAAUUACUACUGUCCAGUUGCACUGAAGGAAAAUGGAGUCCUUUACCCUGGAAAUCCAGAGAUUGGCGCCAAAUACAGAGAAAAGGUCUA